GGGGAUCAGUGGCUAUUAAUUUUGAGGGCAGUGGGACUACCUUUGAAGACUACCUGCUGGGAGACUAGAGGGCUUCCAUGUGCCGUUAGUUGGCCACUGGGAGAACAGACUGCUGGACUAGGUGGGCCAGGGGUUUGAUCCAGCAGGGCCCGUUUUGUGUUCUUUUAUAGCCUCAAUAUAGUUUCUACCAGCUCAGGGUUUUGCCCUUGCUUAAUUUGCCAUAAAUAAUCUGACAAUCCCUCCAUGUGUCUCCAGGCAUUUGUUCCUUGCCAGAGAGAUUUACCACAAAGAAUCGCCAAGAUAGCUGGCUCGGGAAGAAAACGUCGCACCCCUGACCCAGAGUCUGUCACCGACCCCGGUGGGCUGUUUGUCUCCUCCAAACGGCUGAAAAUGUCCAGUAGUGCCAGCGUCCCUGGUCAGAGGAGAACAGCUCGGGGAGUGGAUGAUGCAACUAAUAAGAAGAAGCAAAAGGAUCGGGCCAAUCAGGAAAGCAAGGAAGGCGAGAAACCAGCUGGCAGUGACUCAAAGAAAGAGCCUUUUCCUAGCCUGAAUCUGGUAGAGCCCAGUUGGCACAGGGAAUCUGUGGAGGAUCUGCAGCUGGAGUGGAAGCAGAAUGCUGACGAGGUUAUUGUGAAACUGAAUUUGGGCAGCAGGAUCCCCAAAGUGGAGGAAGUGGAUUCAUCUUUCACAGAUACCAGUUGUAUCGUCAAGUUACCUGAUGGCCGCCAGUGGAGUUGUGAAUUCUUUGAGGAGAUAGAAAGUUCCUGCACGAAACUCCAGUACAAGAAAAGCAAUAUCUUACAGUUGGUGCUGCCAAAGAAGAUCCCAUUGCACCACUGGACUUCACUCUCAAAACGCUACAAGGAUGGUUCAAGGGAACAGCCAAAGAGGGUUGCAUGUAAGGAGAAUGGCAAAGAGAAGGCCCUUUCUGUUGGGGAAGUUUCUGAAGAACCCCAGCCUGAUGGUGCUGUAGAGCUAAGCAAACGAGACCCAUCUCACCCAAAGCCAAUUUUUGGAAGAAAUGACGUUGUAGGAGGGAGGAACCCUGUCAGACCAGGACUGCCAGCUGGACUCAGUUCCAAGGCAGUGUGUAUCAAAGCCAGCUUGUCUGAGGAGGAAAGGAAUGGCAGAAGCGUGGGGUGCACUGGGCUCUCUGAGAAAAUUGGCAAUCAAAGGACUGGCCGAGUCGCUGAGGGAGCUGCCCGGUUGAACCCAAAGAUUGAGGGUCAAGGGAGGGAAUCGGUUUGCAUGGAAAUGCAGCAGCCUGCGGCCCCUCCAGAUGCCUUGCCCAGUCAGCUCGGGCCCUCUUCAGAGAAGAGAAUCCCUCAGCCGGCCAGUUCCGAUGAAGCUUCUCAGGGGCUAGACCCUGAAUCCGCCUUCAGGGCGGGCCCCCCCUCCUCUCUGCAACCCAGAGAUCCUGAGACAAGAGGCUGGUCCAAGGACAGAGACACUUUACAGGCUGUUAGUAUUGAACCGGAGUCCAUUGUGAAUCUGACAUUUGUGAAGAAUGACUCAUAUGAGAAAGGAAAUGAUUCUAUGGUAGUGCAUGUUUAUGUGAAGGAGAUUCACAAGGAGAUGUCCAGUGUACACUUUCGGGAGCAAGAUUUUACACUAAUGUUCCAAACAAGUGAUGUCAACUUUCUUCGACUUCAUCCAGACUGUGGCGCUCAUUCAGUAUUCAGGUGGCAAGUGAAACUCAGGAACCUUAUAGAGCCAGAUCAGUGUACAUAUAAUUUCACUACUGCCCGGAUUGACAUUUGUUUGAAGAAACGACACAGCCAGCGCUGGGGGGGCCUGGAGGCUCCUGCCACACAAGGUGCAGUGGGUGGUGCAAAGGUUGCCAUGCCGACAGGCCCUACCCCUCUGGAUAAAAGCCAACCUGGGAGCAACCAGCACCCUCUGUCCACUAAAGAAGAGGCACGAGCAGGUGAGAAGGAAAAGCCACGAGCAGAAGAGAGUGGCCUGGAUAGCGUAGCAGCUCGGACCGUAUCAGAGCACGUGCCUGUGAAGCAGGAGCCCCUCGUGCCCUCGCCUAAGCCAACCUGCAUGGUCCCCCCAAUGACCCACAGCCCAGUCAGCAGCGAAAGUGUGGAAGAGGAGGAGGAUGAGGAGGACAAGAAGGUGUGUCUGCCGGGCUUUACAGGGCUGGUGAACCUGGGCAACACCUGCUUCAUGAACAGUGUGAUCCAGUCCCUCUCCAACACCCGAGAGUUGCGGGACUACUUUCAUGAUCGCUCCUUCGAGUCUGAAAUUAAUUACAGUAACCCGCUGGGAACUGGGGGGCGCCUGGCCAUUGGCUUUGCCGUGCUGUUGCGGGCGCUCUGGAAAGGCACACACCACGCCUUCCAGCCUUCCAAGCUGAAGGCAAUUGUAGCCAGCAAGGCCAGCCAGUUUACAGGCUAUGCCCAGCAUGACGCCCAGGAGUUCAUGGCUUUUUUGCUGGAUGGACUCCACGAGGAUCUGAACCGGAUUCAGAACAAACCCUAUACGGAAACGGUGGACUCAGAUGGACGGCCAGAUGAGGUUGUUGCCGAAGAGGCCUGGCAGCGGCACAAAAUGAGGAAUGACUCUUUCAUUGUGGACCUGUUCCAGGGCCAGUUCAAAUCCAAGCUGGUGUGCCCUGUGUGCUCUAAGGUAUCCAUCACCUUUGAUCCCUUCCUGUAUUUGCCAGUCCCCCUACCCCAGAAGCAGAAAGUGCUGACGGUGUACUACUUUGCAAAGGAACCCCACAACAAACCUGUUAAGUUCUUGGUGAGCAUCAGCAAGGAGAAUUCCACUGCCAUGGAAGUGCUAGACUCUGUAUCCCAUAGUGUGCGAGUGAAUCCUGGGAACCUGCGCUUGGUUGAGGUGAUCAAGAACCGUUUCCACCGUACAUUCCUGCCUUCCCAGUCGUUGGACGCCAUCUCGCCCACAGAUCUUCUACUGUGCUUUGAGGUGCUCUCUCCAGAGCUGGCUAAGGAGCGGGUGGUGGAGCUGCAGGUUCAACAGCGCCCUCAGGUGCCCAGCAUUCCCAUCACCAAAUGUGCUGCCUGUCAGAAGAAGCAGCAGUCGGAGGAGGAGAAGCUGAAGCGCUGCACUCGGUGCUAUCGGGUUGGCUACUGCAAUGUAGCAUGUCAGAGAACGCACUGGUCCGACCACAAAACCUUGUGCCGCCCUGAGAACAUUGGCUUCCCCUUUCUUAUCAGCGUCCCCGAGUCACGCCUCACCUAUGCACGAUUAGCUCAACUUUUGGAAGGCUAUGCAAGGUACUCAGUCAGUGUGUUCCAACCACCUUUCCAGGUGGGCAGGAUGCCAUCCGAGCAAGGCCCGCCUCCUCAGUCUUCGGAGAAACAGGAACCUCCUGUCCGGAGCAGCAGUGCUACAGCUGGGUCUGCCGCUGCCGCCGAAAUCACCGCCAUGGAAUCAGGGGAUGGCGCAAGGGCCCCACGCCUCCUGCAGGAGACCCAGGCCUGCCUCUCGGCCCCUGAGCUGCAGCCUGAAUUAGGGGAUGCCAGCAUGGUCAGAAGCAAGGUCCCCACAGGGAGAAGCUCAGGCCUAAACUCAGAUUCAGGCUCCUCUGAGCCUUCUACAGAGUCACAGCUUGAGAGCUGCGUGGAGCAGGAGUUGCCGUACGAGAGAGUCCCCAGGCCAGAAGCUGCCAUUCCUGGUUACCAGCAUCCAGCUGCUGGGCUAAGUUCCCAAGUUACUCAGUUUUACAUCAAUAAGAUUGAUGCAGCCAGCAAGGAGCAGAAGCUAGAGGAUAAAGGAGAUGCCCCCCUGGAUCUGACAGAGGACUGUUCUCUGGCCCUGGUGUGGAAGAACAAUGAAAGGAUGAAGGAGUUUGUGUUGGUCGAGUCUAAGGAGUUGGAGUGUGUCGAGGAUCCGGGCUCUGCCAGCGAAGCAGCCAGGGCAGGGCACUUCACCCUGGAACAGUGUCUCAACCUCUUCACCAAGCCAGAGGUGUUGGCCCCUGAGGAGGCCUGGUACUGCCCAAAGUGUAAGCAGCACCGCGAGGCAUCCAAGCAGCUGAUGUUAUGGCGCCUGCCCAACAUCCUUAUCAUACAGCUCAAGCGCUUUUCCUUCCGCAGCUUUAUUUGGAGAGACAAGAUCAAUGACAUGGUGGAUUUCCCAGUCAGGAGCUUGGACCUGAGCAAGUUCUGCAUUGGCCAGAAAGAUGAGCAGCAGUUGCCCAUGUAUGAUCUAUAUGCAGUAAUCAAUCACUACGGGGGCAUGAUUGGUGGGCACUACACAGCCUAUGCCCGGCUGCCUAGUGACAAGAACAGCCAACGUAGUGAUGUGGGUUGGCGGCUCUUUGACGACAGCACCGUUACGACAGUGGAUGAAAGCCAGGUCGUGACCCGAUACGCUUACGUGCUCUUCUACCGCCGACGGAAUUCUCCUGUAGAUAGACCCCCUCGAGGACCCCCUCGUCCCUCAGACCCUCGAGCUGACUUGGCCCCACCCUCAGAGGCAGCAGCCAGCCAGGCUUCUCUGCUCUGGCAGGAACUGGAGGCUGAAGAGGAUGCUGCCAGAAGGCUGAUGAGGAACCCUUGGAGGUCUUGCAGCCAAAGGACAAAGAAAUUCAGCUCAGAGUGUCCUGAUGAAGGCCAUGUCCGAUACUUUGUCCUGGGCACCAUGGCGGCCAUUGUGGCACUCUUCCUCAAUGUCUUCUACCCGCUCAUCUAUCAGACCCGCUGGAGGUAGCGGCAGUAGCAGGUCACCUGGAGGGUGGCAGCCAGCUUACUGCAGCAUUGUCCUCUGUGGCAUCUUUGCAGCAAGGUGGCUAGGACGCUCCUUGCCAAGUAGCACAAGAAGGAGCCCUAAUGUCAGUCUUCUCCCACGGUGAAGGCGUCAGGUCCAAUGCCCAUUCUCUCCAAUUGAUUGAUUGCAUGGAUUCACAGUCACAAGAAGUCCUCAUCUCAGCAGCUAGGGAGUUGGUAUUUCUCUGGAAUAAAUCUUUCCUAGAUAGCUCUUGAAAACUACAUUGUGUGAAUCAAGGGCUAGUAAAUGACUGUAAUUCAACAGAGUCUACAGAUCUACAAAUACUUUCUCCAUAAUAAUGUGGAAGUAAGAUUGACUUGACUGCCAUCUGCCCUGACAGAAUUCCUCUAAUUUGGUUGACACCAACAUCCCUAGAGGCUACUAUUGCAAGACUGUUAAUUUCCUCAGUUGGUCAUUGGUCUUGUGUUUGAAGGAAGUCAAAGACAUUUUUAAUGACAAUCUUUUCCUUUAUUGGGGGAGGGAGAAUGCAUUGUUGACUUUUCCAAACAUUGAUGGGUUUGAUUUCUUUACCAUGAUAUAACCAGAGAGUUCAGCUUCCUCUUUUUUUUUAAAAAAAAAAAGCAUCUUCUUAGAUAUUUAUCUAGAUAUGAGGCUGCAUUUGGAUAUGUGUGUAAAGGAAAACUGUUUUUUCAUCCUUCUCCUCAAGCCAGGUCUUCAUUAUCUUGUCUCUUGCUCCUAUACAUAUUUCUGUGCAUGCAUAAAGUAGAAGUAAAAGUAGGGAGUUACUGUUGUAUGGCCCUAUAGUAUCUUACUCUGGCCCCACGGUCUGUGUUUCCUUGAAUGGGUUGUAGAAUCUCUCUUGUGCCUUCAGACUACCGGCUCUGUCAUAAAUAGCUUGAUCUAGGGCCUUGGCUUUAGCCAGGAGUCAGAGUUGUCUUGAGAACUCAUAAACCUAGAAUGAGUAUAAUUCUUUGUUUCACCCUUUCACUAUUUGUUUUUUAUUAAUAUUAUUCAUAUGCAAUAUAAUUCCUAACAUCUUUGCCCAUUCUUCCUGGUAGUAGUUUCAGAGAAGCCUGUAGCUUCUUUGGGGAAGGAGGAAAGAUUUCAGGUUAACUGUUCUCUGUGGCUGGUAUUCUCACUGUUCUCAAGGAAUGAGCAGUCACUAGCUGUAGUAGUGCCAACGAGCAGAACCCGGCCAGUAAGUAGAUCUGGUGGAAGCCUUUCCAUUAUGGAGAAGGGAAGCCCCUAAACUGUUCUCCGCUGGCAUGGUAAAUGAAAAGUUAGCGUUGUGCGGUAGAAAAGCUUUCACUGUAUUUAUUUAUUGUAUUU